GCCACGUCAUCUAUAAGCUUUUAAACGAGUGUUCGCGUGCAUAAUGUGUCCUUAACGGAUCCGUAAUUAGACUGCACGUCCUUACGUGCUCCCUCGUCACCACAUUUUGUGUCCGAUAGUUAAUUUUCCUACCAUAUUGAAUGAGCCGUCUUCAAUUUAAAUCUCAUCCCACUGACUCCUAUCGGCAGACGUCUAAUUCCCGUUUCAUUUGGCUUCUGUUUGAUUUGUUUGUUUUUCGUGACCGUUGGCGUGUGAUUCAGGUACAGUUUCAGGCGUUGUCCUUCGCUUUACUGUUUGGACACCCCACUAAAAAUGACUUAAUCGGUUUGCCAGUGAUGUCUAUAAACUUGGCUUCUUACACCUACCUGUUCACUCUUCCGUUUCACGACUCCGAUAUUUGUCACUUCCCGUCCUAUCUGGUCUGCUUGUUCCUUAUCCGUCCGUUUUCUUUCACUGUCAACUGUUUAUCGUCAUAGUGUCUGGAGUUAAGGCUGUUGGUCCACAGCACUUCGGCGCUUGAACCAGGGCUAUUUCAUCGAGGUUGCUUCAUUCUAUGUGGUACUUGCCAGCUUUUCUUUUC